AAAAAGAGGAAGGGAAAAAAAGGGAAAAGAGGAAAAAUAGCGCAGUUAUUCCCGCCUCCGCCGCCUCCUCCCUCUCCUCCCCGGCCAGCCAGGAGCCACGUCACCGUCACCCAGCCUGGCUUCGGGGCUGCUCGGCCAGCUCAGCCCGGGGCUCUCCACGGGACAAACCCCAGCUUUUGGCCUGGAGCAGGGUGUGGAAGGACCUGGAAGGGGGAGAGAGAAAAUCCACCUUGGGGAAAGAAGUAAGCAAUAAGUAAGCAAGGGAGGCGUCCAGCUUGAGGGCCUGGCAGGGGAAGGGUGCAUGCAACCAGGGCACAGGGGAGCCUGAACUGAUCUCUGCCAGAAGAGAGAGCUCCUUACUCGGGGGAAAGGAAAGUUGAGCUGGAGGAAAGCAUUCACUCAGUUGAGGCUCCCCGCCUGCAGAAAGGGCCCCGCUCCCUUCGCCCCAGCAGAGGCCCCCCAGCACCAUGAACAUCUUCCGCAUCCUGGGGGAUGUCUCCCACUUGUUGGCCAUCAUCAUCCUCCUGAUGAAGAUCCUGAAGUCCAAGUCCUGUGCUGGUAUCUCUGGGAAGAGUCAGAUUCUUUUUGCCCUCGUCUUCACAACCCGCUAUCUGGACCUGUUCACGACCUUCAUCUCUGUCUAUAACACUGUGAUGAAGGUAAUUUUUUUGAUAUGUGCCUACGUCACCGUGUACAUGAUCUACGUGAAAUUCCGGAAAACGUUUGACAGCGAGAACGACUCCUUUCGCCUGGAGUUCCUGCUUGUCCCGGUCACCGGCUUGUCAUUUCUGGAGAACCACAGCUUCACACCCUUGGAGAUACUCUGGACCUUCUCUAUCUACCUGGAGUCCGUGGCUAUCCUUCCUCAGCUCUUCAUGAUCAGCAAGACAGGGGAAGCAGAGACCAUCACGACACACUACCUUUUCUUCCUGGGCCUCUACCGUGCUCUCUACAUUGCCAACUGGGUCUGGCGCUACUACAUGGAGAGUUUCUACGACCAGAUUGCUGUAGUUUCCGGGGUGGUACAAACCAUCUUCUACUGCGACUUCUUCUAUCUCUACGUUACCAAAGUCCUAAAGGGAAAGAAGCUAAGUCUUCCCAUGCCUGUUUGAAGACACUUCCACAGACAAUGCAAGAAAACCUGGAGAUGAAGCUGUCAAGAUCACAGCUUUCCGUUCCUGGCUCUUUUUGACCAACUGGAUGGCUCAGCUGAGUUUCAACCAGGAAGACAACAAAGCCUGAAGAGCUGAUAGGCUUUACAUCCAUACAAGACUUUUCCCCUCAAUACUUAAUUUCUUCUUACUUGAAUUUGGUGCUAGUAAGUCGUGCUGGCCAAUACUGAAGUAGUGCAAAUUAUUCUCUUCCAGCCCUUCCCAGCACCUACCUCCAAAACACACCCCUACCUUCACCCUGAGGCAGCACAUGGAGCAGAAGGGAGUUGUUGCUACCUUUAGUCCUUCAGUCCUUUACCGUGCUUCUAUGGAAAGGGGAACACGGUGCUAUUAAGUCUGAUAACGUAUACAAAGGCCACUGGUGCAUGUCACACGUGGCAUAGCUGACACAGCAGAUGCUACAAGCUUUUACUUUAACUCUGUGUGAACUAACAUCCUCCUGAAAGCUAACUCUGCCUGACCCUCAUUCUGCUCAGGUUCUAUAACAUUCAGGCUAAACACACCUGCUUUGAAUGACAUGAAUCUUCUGAUUCCCCAAGUAUUCAAACAUCCUCCCCACUCACUCACUCACAGUGACAGUUCCUUGUGUUCUACAAAUGGGGACCACGGCAAUUAAAAUCCAGUGGGUUACCAACAGGUGUUUCCAACUCCUUGAAUUUGACUUUAAGAACUGGGAAGAACAGGGGCAAAGAUGGCUUUACACUCCAAAAAUAAAGACAAAGUUCACAAUUUAUUGACAACAGUGUUUUUAUUUAUACCUACAAAAGAAAACAAGAUGGUAUCAAAAGGACAAUUUACAAACUAAGAAUAGUAACAUAGCUCUUAGUAUCCUGUGUCUGAACACCACAGAUCUAUGAAUCUCUCAAUUCAAGUCUUCGUUAAUACAACAGGAAUGUGUUCAGAGACCAGCAGGUGUGUGAAACAAGAUGCUGAUCCCACACAAAGCCACUAACCCUUCCAUUGUUCAGAGAAGUCCAAACAGUAAAUUGCUUCAGGAAGUGGGAGGGGGAGGAGACACCCAACUCAUUUGACACUCCCACAAACUUUUACAGAUUGAAAACAAUGCCAACAAUACUAGAUGCUAAUGCUUUUAUCAGCAAGGGCCCUCCAGCUGGUAUAUGGAACAGAGCAGCGAGCACCAGGUGGGACAGGGGCAGCACAUGCCACGGUGCGUUUAUGCAUUCAACAGUCUGGUUAACACUCUGAAUUGAACUGAGACCCUGGACUACAGCUGACCUUCGAUGGCAAUUAAGCGCUGCAAGACUUGGCAUGGAUGCUUACACCUGCACAAGUCCGCCCAAAAGAAGUGAAAGCUGUAGCAGACUAUAAGGCAGCUUUGGUGGUCCAGAGACCCUUUUUAAAGCCAGUGAGUGAGAUGUCCUACUCCUCCAACCCUCGAACACAUUUCUGCACUGAACUCACAGAUUUUAAAAAUAAAGCAAAAAAUACCAAACCAAACCCCCCCAAACCUCUACAUUUGCUUGUGAGGGAGGCCAAAGACCAAUCAGUCAUCACCUGGAUAAACUAAAUGUUUCUGGCUUUCACUUAACACAAGCAAAGAAACUUCCUGCCCAAACACUGGAAUUAGAAGAUGGGAAUCAAGGGUCUGGAAGAUCUCUUUUCCCUCUGUGUCCGCAACCUACCUGUGUACUGCACAAAAGAAAACACACCAAAAAAAAAAGCGCAUUCAUCCCCCAAAAUUUUACUCUGGGAAGAAAUUAAAUUAAAAAAGAAAUCAGUUCUGUAUAAGCAAGCUCUCUUCCUGGGCUAUAAGAAGUUCCACUCUACUACAGGAGUGGGCUGCCUUGUUCAUACUUAGGCAAGAACGCCAACAGAAAAAGCCCCAAACCUCUGCACUCUCAUAAUGCAAAGAGUAUGCCUCACAAAGCAGUAGAUGUAUCCAUUCUUUUGUCAUAUUAUCAGAUCAAGAGCAGCCAACUCCUGUUACCAUCUACUGUCUCUGAACCGUGUGGUAUUAGAAAUAACAAGUCAACAACAUGCUUUACUAAAGGGGAAACCCCUCACACCCACCUUAGCCUGUAAAAUAAACAAGUUUUAUUUACGUAUUUACUAAAAUGUCACUCUUCUCUAACAUUUUCUAAAAUGCUACCUACCUGCGAGAGCUCAGCCCAAAGGGACCAAUGGAGCAGGGAAAUGCACUCAAAAGCCAGAAAAAGCAAUAGUCAGAGCAAGGUACAAAAGAAAUCAAGCUUCAGAAUCAAGAUGCACUAACCAGCUCACCGCUUACCUCAUGAAAAGGAGAUUCCCAAGCAAUCUCCUCCUCCUCCUCCUCCCUUCCUCCCCUUGCCCUCCCCCUCCCAGCCCACCCUAUGCAAACCUCUUAAAUUUAAGUGUGGAAAACUCUGUCACAAUUUAUCUGGUGUAGCAGCAUUCGGAACAUUCCCCGAGGUAUGUCUGUUCGUGAAGGAUGGACAAACAAGAAAUGCUGUUUAUCAUCUCAGUUCUGUUUAGUUUCUGGGCCCUCAAAUUUCUCUCCAUAAAUCCAACUACAAGAAUCUGAGAGCAGAAACCGAUUUGAGGAUAACCAGGCUCCAUGCAUUUUCCAUGCUGCAAUUUAACAAUCAUAGAGAAAGAACUUCCUUGGCUAAACACACCUUGUGGUACCUACAGCAACUGUGUGGUUUUCAGGUACUGAAUCUGAGAGGUUUGGUUUCUGGCAUGGGGGUUUUAAUCCCAACUUCUCUACUGCAGGCUGCUACAGGUACCAGAAGAUGGGGCCACUGCUUCCAGAGCUGCGGAGAACUCCAGCAACGUACCUGGGGCAUUACUCUGAACACCGCCCAGCUCAGACAAAUGAGCAGAGUUUUCCUAUAGAAAGUCACCUAUGAUAGAUUACAAGCAGUAAUAGUGAGCUAUU